AUGGUCCAGAAAACGCUGAGAUCCGCUCGGUCUUUCAGUCGGAUUGUGCGACCAGUGGCCUGUUCCUCGCUGCCAGAGCUGGCACAUUGACCUGUCAGGCCAUGUCCGUGCCAAGCCCAAACUACAGCUGGUUACUGAAUGGCCUGGCUGUUGGACAGGGCAGUGUGCUCUCGUUCCCUGGUCUCAGGGCAAACCAGACGGGAAACUACACCUGUAUCGCUACAAACAACCGAAACAACAACCAACUCUCCACAUCCACACAGCUCACUGUCGUCGGUUCCUGCCUGAGCGUUGGGGGCGCGGUGGGAGUGGCUCUUGGAUCUGCUGCUGCCCUGUUUCUCCUCAUCCUGCUGAUCGUGCUUCUGGUCAGGCGCAAACGUGCCCAGAAGAAGGAUGUAGCAAAGAUGGCAGCCUUCAGCUCCAGCAAGGAGAAGGUGCUCCCGUGGAUCAGUCAGAACCCAGGUCUGGAACGGGCCGUCUCCCCCACUCCAGUCUACAGCUCCCGUCAGGAAUCUGUCUACAGCAGCUACCCGCCCUCCAAUGGCUCAAUGGUAGCGUCCACAGUCGAUGGGGGAGUCAGCACCUACUCAAUUCAGACAGGACGCACUGGGCAAUUGUCUACUUUAGUGUGAGGUGGAGUUGGCGAGGGGGACGGUGACCCUGGACUGACCUCA